AUGCAAUCUUGGGCCAAGAAUCUCAGAAAGAUCUUAGUAAACACUAAGGACAAGCUUCCCUGGUGGCAUUCCUCAAGCGCGCUUGAUAAUCCUUUUGAAGCUAUUCUACCAAUGCCACGCACCCCUACAAUGACAUCGCGCAUAGCUCAGUGGAUGAAGGUUACUUUUAACCCUCCUUACUCCCCUCCGAAUACCACUAACAGCGCGUUGGGUAGCUCAGUAAGAAGUAGAUAUGGGGGAGACCUAGGUGGCCGGCCAACAGGUAUAGCAAUUAGCAGAGAAAAAGCACCCUUCCCAGGGCCUGCUCCAUCCAGGCAUCCUCAAUAG